GUAAAAGUAACCCCUAAGUUAUCUCUUAACUUUCUCUUAACUUACUAGACAAAACUUAACUUAUCUAACCUUUUUAAAAUCUUCUUGCCAUGGAUGGACAGUUUGCUACUUACUAGUUUCUACCGUGAAUACGUGCAGGAUUAAAAUUAUUUUCUCCUAGCCUACCAUUGGUUAUUUUGAUGUAAGUUUUGAAAUUAUAUCAGCUCAGCUCAGCUUUUAACAGCCAUGGUUUAAUUAGAUGAUCGAGCUGUCGUACUGAAAGAUGUUGUCGAAUUGUGGGACUAUCGAUAAACCUUGUAUCAAUAGAUACACUUGCCAGUUUUGUGGAAAUUUGUUUACGGCGAAAAGAAACUGCAUAAGACAUGAGAAAUGUUGCCCUUCUAACAGUGCUAGAUCAAGUGGAAGUACUUGUCCUACAUGUAACAAUUUUUAUAGUGACGACUACAUUAAAAAACAUGUUACAAAAUGCUCAGGCACAGUUCCCAAAUGUAGCACACCCUGUUUAGUAAAAAGCUGUGACAAGAAAUUUGUCCACAAAUCAGGUUUGGUUAGACAUUUGCGUGCGUGUCAUCAAGAUUUUGAGAUAAAAGAUUUUGUCGAAAAGAAAUUUGAAACUUAUGACGAGUUCUUACAGUGGAAGAGAUUAGAAGAAGAAAAGACUUAUUCAUGUUUCACAAAGAGAUCGAGUAAUAAGGGUAAGAAAUAUGAACACUUUUAUUGCCAACGAGAUGGAAGUGCUAAGUUACAUUCUAAGAGAAAGACAAACAGGAAAGUCCAUAGAGGGAGAGUUAAAGUUGGAGAUUUUUGCUUUGCCAAAAUGAAGGUUUGGAAAGAUGAAAAUGAAAAAAUAUGUUUGCAAUAUUUGCCUACUCACUGUCACCAGUGCAACCCCCAAGAUGUAGUCCACCGCCCUUUGCGUAAAAACACUUCUACCCUAAUCAAUGAGGAAUGUAUGGAUCAAGUAUCUCCCAACAGCAUAAUGAAAAAAAUCAUAAUGUCACCAGAUCUGCAAACCAGGAUUAAUGUUAAGAAUCAAAAAUUGAAUAUUCUCUUCAGAAGAAAAAUGAAAGCAACUGCAAAUAAACAAAAGACCAUUAGAAUGGACGAGAAAGAUGCUGAGGCAGUUUAUUUACUAGCCCAAAAUAUGGCUAGAGAUGACUCUCUUUUGAUUUUUAAACCUACUGAGGGAAAGGUUGUACAUGGCCCAAUAAGCAUGAAUGAUUUACCUGAGUCAAACAAUCUAUUUAUGUUUGCAAUGCAGACAAAAAGUCAAUUGGAACUUUUGAAAAAAUAUGGCAAACAAAUAAUGAUUGUUGACAUAGCUUCUGGUACUAACCGUUAUAAAUUUCAUUUAAUAACAUGUAUGGUUGUAGAUGAAAACCGUGCUGGGAAGCCAGUCUGUCACUGUAUAACUAGCAGAUUAAAUACUGCAUCGUUAAUGUUCUUCUUUAGCAGCAUUAAGGCUCGAAUUGGCAAUGAGUUUGACAUAAACUGUGUCUUAACUAGUGAUAAUAACUUUAUUAUCAGUUCGAUGAAUGUUGGAUUUUCAAGAGAGUUCCACCACAUCAUAUGUUUGUGGCAUAUAUUUAAUAACAUGAAAAACAAACUUAAGUCUUAUGUCAACGGGAAUAUUUUUCAGGAAAUGUUAAAUGAGAUCGAAAUGAUGAUAACAGCACACGAAGUGACUUUGUUUACUCGUCUCUGCAACGAGUUUGUAGCAAAAUAUGAACAAAACAGAAAAGUAGUUCAGUAUUUGGAAUAUUUUAAAAAAAACUUCCUCACUAGGCCAGAGAAAUGGGCAAUGUGCCACCGGGGGUUCCCUCAUGGGGAUGUGAAUACCAUCGGACUCUUGCAAGCCUUUCACAACAGGUUAAAGGUUAAUCUCAAGAAAAGUGGCAAUACAAAUCUAAUUCACUUAAUCAAUUCCCUCAAACUAAUGGAAUUAGAAGAUCCUUUCCAAUUAACAGAUUCAACAGAAGAGUUUUUAUCCCCGGUGCACCAAGGUUUAGUUGAACGACAUGAACAAGGAGUACUCAUAAGUAAUGCUGCUAUUUCUAAAGUAUUGGGAAAUAUUUGGGAAAUGUUUUUGGGGACUGAGCAUUAUGCAAUUGUUCAAUAUAGCUUGGUAUGUUCUGAAGACUCUUGCACUUUUAGAUGUCAAUUCCUUGAGUGUCAUCAAUUGUGUCGUCACAUGUAUCAAUGCAGCUGUCCAGACGAACACCCAUUGUGUGUACAUGUCCACAAGUUGCAUAUGUAUCUUUGUCAAGAACUUUCACCAUAUGUUGCUGUCACUAAAUUCCAUGAAGUGGACGAAAAUAUUUCUGACUAUUUGAUUGUAGAGGUCACUACUGAGGAGGAAAGUCGGAAUGAGUCUGAUGAUCAGGUUGACUUCACCAUUUCCAGAAUAAAGACAAAUUGUGGUACCAUUAACGACAGUUUAGCUUUGAUCAACACUUUCUUAUCUUCUGCGGAACAGAAUAAAACAUUGGACAACAAGCUCUUGUAUGUUGAUUCUCUUGUUGCUGAUCUUGUUUCACGGAUGCAGAGCCUUAAAUCAAAACUUGAAAUUGAGUGAACAGUAUUCAAAACCAGUUAACUACCAUCAUUAUUCAGGUGAAUUUUAAGUCUCUCUUUUAAUAAUUGUAACAAGGACAACAUUCAUAAUUAUUGUGAUUUAACUUACCCUACUAAAAAUUUUACAUUCUUUA